AUGUUUCAACAUUACCAAUUACGGAGAGGCUUUUUAAAAUUUUAUCAAGAUAACCUCUGUCAUCUUUAUUUCAAUAAUAAUCUCACUCUUUCAACAAGAGGUUUUCAUUCAACUCGGAAUUCUAUUAAAUUUUAUAACACGAAUCAUAUUCAGUUUGUUGCUGAAAAUUCCGAAUUUUCAUCAUCGUCGUCGGGACUGGACAAGAAAAUCAAAUGGUUUGAUCCAAGCUGCAACAAUGGCAACAACUCGGAACGAGAUGGUACCAAUCAUCAUGGAACAGUGAGCACUCCUAUAACAAUUUAUAACUCUCUUUCAAAAACCAAAGUACCAUUCGUGAUUGCAAAGAGAAACCAUAAUUCUGAAAAUUCGGAAAAUAUUAAGAAGGAUUCAACAACAACAGUAUUAUCCACGCCUCCCAUUUAUUGGUAUUCUUGUGGACCUACUGUCUACGACGCUUCACAUCUUGGACAUGCUCGUAAUUACGUCUGUCUGGAUGUUAUUUAUCGAAUUUUAACCAAUUAUUUUCAAUAUCAAGUAUAUUAUGUGAUGGGAAUUACAGAUGUGGAUGAUAAAAUUUUGAAAAGAGCUGCCGAGUUGCACAAGAAGCCAUCAGAAAUUUCUCUCAAAUACGAACGUGAUUUUAUUACUGACAUGAAACGACUCAAUGUCACACAACCUGCAGUCUAUACAAGAGUCACAGAGCAUAUCGAAGAAAUUAAAUUGUUUAUUGAACAGAUGGAGCGCAAUGGAUUUACAUACCUUACCAAAAACGGAGGAAUUUAUUUUGAUUCCCAAAAAUUUGAAAACAGUGAUCACGUCUAUGGAAAACUUGCUCCCAACACCAAUCAAGAAGAAUCUAUUCAACAAGAACACAUUGAAUUUCGAGAUGAGAAGAAAGAUCCUCGAGAUUUUGCGUUAUGGAAAUUUACCUCAAGAGAAUUCAUGGGAUGGGAAAGUAAAUGGGGAUUUGGAAGGCCAGGGUGGCACAUUGAAUGUUCAGCCAUGAUUGAUAGUGUUUUCAGAAAUGACACAAAACACAAUUUGGAAGAUGGAAAAUUUGCAACACUAGAUAUUCACUCUGGAGGAAUUGAUCUUGCCUUCCCUCAUCAUAACAAUGAAAUUGCUCAGAGUGAAGCUUGCCAUCAUCAUCAAUUUUGCUCCUCGAAACGUACCAAUUGGUGCAACUACUUUAUUCAUGUUGGUCACUUGCAUAUUCAUGGACUGAAAAUGUCAAAAUCUCUCAAGAACUUUAUAACCAUUCGAGAAUAUUUAGAAAAAUAUACAGCAGACCAAUUUCGGCUAUUUUGCCUUCUUCACAAGUAUAACGAAACUGUGGAUUAUAGUCAAGAUGCUAUCGAAGGUGCAAUCCGUUAUGAAAAGAGAAUUCACGAUUUUUUACACAAUGUUGCCUUCUAUCGAAAGGAACAUGAGGAGAAUAUUGAGAAGGGUAUAAACAAGUCAAGAAAAUGGGACACCGACCUGAAGGAAUAUACUCUCCAAUUUAUGGAAUUGAAACAAGCCAUUCAUGAGGCAAUUUGUGACGAUUUUAAUACUCCACUCGUGAUGGAUCACAUUUCCACAAUUAUUAACAUGACCAAUACUCUCUUCUUUUCAAAAUCAUCCAAAGACCUUCUUGCAUUGGAUUUAUUGGAAAAUACAAGUCAUUAUAUUGUUGGAAUUUUGAACAUGUUUGGACUUAGGUUAGGAAUGACAGCUCGACAAGAUUUUACUGGUGAAACUGAGAGUGAUGAGGAAAUUUCCAAACAUCCAUUCGCAAGCAAAAUUAUUGCCCUCUUGGUAGAGUUUAGAGCUCAGGUACGAAAAGAAGCUCUCAACUCUGAGCCAAAACCAACCAAUAUUUUACAUAUCAUUGAUGAGUUGAGAGACAAGAAAUUGAAAGAGCUUGGUAUUCGAAUUGAUGACAGAAGUUCUGAAAAAAGUAUGUGGAGAUAUGAUGUGACUGUCAAGUCGGAGAAGGAACAGUGUUUGGAUGGUAUGCAGUCAGAAAAGCCACAACACAACGAACAACAUCAACAACAACUCGCUCAACGCCAACAAGAAGUUGAAUUCAAAUUGACCAUUCCACUCGAACAAUAUUUUAAACAAAUGCCUCAACAUGCCAACAAGAACUAUUCACAGUUCAAUGAGUCUGGUAUUCCAACUCAUGAUCAAGAAGGUCAACCUCUCUCCAAGUCGGCCAUUAAAAAGCUGACUAAGGAAUUAGAAAAACAUGCCGAAUUUUUGGAAAAACAUUCACAACGGAAAUAA